ACUCAAGACAUAAACCCUCACCCCAAAUCAAGAUGACCACACAGGAUACCUCACGCGAACCAUGCCCGGACCGGAUCUUAGACGACAUCGGCGGCGCGUUCGCCAUGGGCGCCAUUGGCGGCUCCGCCUUCCACUUCCUCAAAGGAGUCUACAACUCACCAACAGGUAGCCGUUUCAUUGGCGCCACAGAAGCGGUCGCUAUGAAAACGCCACGUGUUGCCGGCGGCUUCGCUGUAUGGGGCGGUUUAUUCUCCGCAUUUGAUUGCACAAUGGUUUACGCGCGCCAGAAGGAAGAUCCAUGGAACUCAAUCAUCGCUGGUGCCGCCACCGGCGGGUUUCUUCAGAUGCGCCAGGGAUUACGGCCGGCGGGUCGCUCGGCUCUUGUCGGUGGCGUUUUGUUGGCCCUGAUUGAAGGGGUGGGAAUUACUCGUAAUAAAGUUAUUAGUGCGCAACAAACGCAGCCGGUGGUUAUUGAAGAGGCGCCGCAGGUGGAGUUGGAGCGUUCUUCCGCGUCAUCUCUGUCGUGGUUUGGUGGUUUGUUUGGUGGCAGGCGAGAGGAGGAGAAGCCGAAGUUGAAAGUUGAAGUGUUGGAGAGUUUUGAUUCGCCAAUGCCGCCUACUUUUGAGUUUCGGUGACUUUGUUUUGAUGUUAUUUUGCACAACUGGUUGAAGAUCUUUAUGUUCUUGGGUGUGUUUAGAGUUUAGUUAACAACAAUGACAUGUAGUUACUGGGGAUUUUAUGAUUCUGUUGGUUGUUACAUAUAUUAUCAUAGUAAAUCGAGAACUAUUUCCGAGAA